AUCAAGUGAACCUUACUCCCAUUCUGUAUCCAGGAGGGCUUUUCUUCACAGCUCAGAGCUUGCUAGCUCGGGGUGGCUCUUCUAGGUUCCUUGGAAAGGCUGUUUGUUGUUCUGUGGAAAGGGGAGGCACCAGGAGCCAGAGGCUAGGAGCCCAGCCUGACCAGUCUGAAGAGUAAGGGUGUAAAACUGGCUGCUCACUUGCUGCAAAGUUGCUUUGAUGCUUCCUGCUCUGUGUUCAUGAACUUCCUCUCCUCUUCCUCUCCAGGGCAGGUGAGAAGAGACCUCAACAAACACAUCUCCCCACUGCAGCAAUCCCUCUUGUUACCCAGGGAGAGUUCAGCAGAGGAUAUGGUGUAGGUUUAUGACCAAAUGCCAACAUGUUCUUUCCUGACAAAGGUGGGAGGUCUCUAGGUCUCAGAUUCUCUGCCCAUCGAGUGGAGUAUACCUGAGAAUGGGGAGUUGGUAUAGUUUCCAUGGAGACUUCUACCCCAGGAAGUAGUGAAAGAGCUUGGAAGGGACAGGAAUCCCUGAAGGUGCCAGAAAACGGUCUUCACCAUGGGACAAAGUGGUAGAGUCAUUUCUAGCUCUUGGUAUCAGAAUCUCUUCCUCCUCCAGACACUUUCCUUGUGUAGCUCCAGUUCUGGGCCUUUAGCCUCAGUGUGCCCACCCUAAGACCAGCCUUUUCCCCAGAGCCUGACAGUUUCAGACUUUGGAGGGAGGAGGAAGUAAGAAGAAAGCCAGGUUAGAGUGACUCCAGAAUUGGACCUGGGGGAGGGAGGAGCAUUUGCUUACCUGAGAGUGCUAGCCUCUCCCCUUGUUUGCUCUGAGAUAGCCAGGCUAGCUCCUGCCCAGAACAAGGAGGCUGCCUUUUGGGCACUCCCUUCCCUUCCUCAGGCCCAAGCACCACGCAGAUCAACACACCAAGCUAGGUGGCCAUGGCCUGGCUCCCUGGUCCUUUCCUCUUCGGGACCCUGCUGGGUUACCUGAGCCUGAAUGCCCCAGGGCUGGCCGUGGAAGUGAAGGUGCCCGCAGAGCCACUGAGCGUGCCAGUGGGCAAGACUGCCGAGCUGGUCUGCAGCUAUAGCACAUCGGUGGGAGACAGCUUUGCCCUGGAGUGGAGCUUUGUGCAGCCUGGGAAGCCCAUCUCUGCAUCGCAUCCUAUCCUAUACUUCACCAGUGGCCACCUGUACCCUACUGGUUCCCAGUCAGAGAGGGCCAGCCUGCUCCAGAGUCCCCCCACAGGAGGGGUGGCCACCCUGAAAUUGAUGGAUGUCCGCCCCUCGGAUACCGGCACCUAUCUCUGUCAGGUUAACAACCCUCCGGAUUUCUACACCAAUGGUCUGGGAUUAAUCAACCUUACAGUGCUGGUGCCCCCCAGUAGACCCUCAUGCAGUCAGAGUGGGACAACUUUUGUAGGAGGCUCUGCAGCACUGAGAUGCAGCUCUUCCCAGGGAGCUCCCAAGCCAGUGUACAGCUGGGUUCGCCUAGGAUCUUUUCCUACACCUUCUCCUGGCAGCAUGGUUCAAGAUGAAGUGUCUGGCCAGCUCAUUCUCACCAAUCUGUCCUUGACCUCCUCGGGCACCUAUCGAUGUGUGGCCACCAACCAGAUGGGCACUGCAUCCUGUGAGCUGACCCUCUCCGUGAUGGGUCCCUCGGAAGGCAGAGUAGCUGGGACACUGAUUGGGGUGCUUCUGGGCGUGCUGCUGCUGUCAGUUGCUGUGUUCUGCCUGAUCAGGUUCCAGAAAGAGAGGAAGAAGACGCCCAAGGAGACAUAUGGGGGUAGUGACCUUCGGGAGGACGCUGUGGCUCCUGGGAUUUCAGAGCCGGUCUCUCCAAAGGCCAGCUCUAGGAAAGGCCUCUUGGAGAGGUCCCCGUCUGCCAGCACCGUGACAACCACUAAGUCUGCCAGCACUGCGACGACCACCAAGUCCAAGCUGCCCAUGAUUAUCUGACUUCUCCCCAUCCCUGAGAAGCCUGAGGAAAGAUACCAAUAAUUAAAGCCAAUGGCUACCAUUUU